UAUUAUUGCUUUGAUCAAACUGAGAAACAUAUCGUUUAUAAUGGACAUAAGCAGUUUGAUUUAUCUAUAAACCCAACCAUGGCUGAAGCAUUAAAGACUGUCAUCUCCCAGAGUACAGAGUGUCCAGUAUGUCUUUCUACCUUCACCGAUCCCAAGAUCCUGUCUUGUUCUCACACUUUCUGCAAGACUUGCCUGGACAACCUCUUAGAGUGUCAUGGUAACUGCCAGAUCCGAUGCCCUGUCUGCAGAGCUGUAACGCAGGUCCCAAACCAAGAUGUCGACAGACUACAGGUAAAUCUUGCUUUGAAGAGUCUAAUAGAGGAUAUGAAGGGCCAUCCUCAGAUUUGCACAAAUUGUAAAUCCGAUGAGAAACCCGAUGCCGUUGUCUACUGCCAAGACUGUGGCAAUUAUCUCUGCACCUCUUGUUUUAAUACGCACUCUCAAUGGGAAGGCUUUAUCGAUCAUGAAGUCAUUGCCAUGAGUGAGAUCUCGUCAGGAAAGGUUUCAGUCCGUAAAUACCGGAAAUGCAGGAAACAUCCAAAAGAAGAUGAGGGUUGCUUCUGUUCCAGCUGCAGGAGAUUCACAUGCUUCAGGUGUGUUGUUAUGGAACAUAAAGACGAAGGACACAAGGUCAUCGAGGGAGCAGCUUACGAGGACAAACACAUGAAGGGUAUCGAAGAACUUAAAUCAAAGGUGGACAAGAAACAAUUAUGCUUUCAGAAGUACAUUGAUUUCAUAGAUGAACAGACCAAGAGUGUUGACAAUGCCAAGAAACAGUGUACAAGUGACAUCAACAAAGCAUAUGAUGAUGCAGUCCGGCAGUUGUCAGAGAAGAGAGAAAGCCUGCUAAGAGAAGUCAAGGAAACGACUGAAGGAGCAGAGGAAGAACUGGAAAGCAUAAAGACCACGGCUAAGAAGUACAUCAAUCAGUUGACGACCAUGGCUGAAAUGGUAACUAACAAAAUAAAGAUUCCAUUAGAUAUGGAUACUUUGGCUGCACACGACACUCUGUGUGAAGAAUUGCGAGAGGUCUUUGAUCAAAAGGAUCCUGACUACGAGCAGCCGAAGAAAUCGGGCAUAAAGGGGAAAAGUAUUAAUUUCGAGAGAAAUGCUGGAGUUGAUGAGCUAGGCCUUGGAAAGAUUGUGCAUGUAGUUGAAAAGAACGUCGCCUUGCCCACUAAUAAAACCUUUGAUGAAAAAGACGUUUCUUUGUGCACUAAUACGAUUGUUAAUGUAAAGAACGUUGCUUUGCCAGCUGAGAGUAGCAUGAAUGUCAUGGUUAGUACACCAGACGGUAGAAUGGCAGUAGGAUGUAAUAAAGGUGGCAUCUCCAUCUUCUCUCCUGAUGGUCAGCUUCAGCGGACAGUUCUUAAGGAUGUUAAAAUUUAUGGGGUAGGGUUCCUCUCUGAUGGUCGAUGUGUUGUGAUGGAUACUUCAAACAACAUCACACUGUACACACCAGAGUACACACAAUUGAAUGUAAUGUUUAAGACUGUAAGUCGAUUUGAAGGUUGGGUUUCUGAUCUCACUGUUGAUGGUGGUGAUGAUCUGAUCUAUGUGGGCUACUGGAAUGUCAGCAAGAUCCUGGUAUUUCCAGCAUCAGGUGGGCAAGCAGUCAGGGAGAUACCAUGCAACGGGUAUGUACCAAAUCAAAUCACUAGUUACCAUGGUUCUCUGAUCACUUCAUCAUUGGAUGCUAUCAGAUUGAUAGACAAACAGGGUGCUGUACAACAUGAAUUAACGGAACCGGGUAGCAAACUUUACGCUGCUGUAUCUCAAUGGAAUACAAUCCUGAUAGCCAAGGUGAAGCAUGAUGAAGGCUUGGUGAGCAUUGACGAGUAUACAAAUGAACUAAGGCACAUCCGGAACCUUCUUAAUGAUUACAAGAUUGAGGAGACUGGGAUAUAUUGGUGUUACCUCCAGCAGUACCGAUCGGGAGAGCUCGCUUUCUGCACUUCGGAUAGACUCUAUAUAUUCCGCUUGAAAUAUGUGAUGACAUGAUAUAAUUAUUAUCGCAGAAGAUGGGGGGGGGGGUGAUAUCCACUGAGUUACCAUUUUCUGCUAAAGUAAGCUGCUAUAAUGUAGAAAUACAUAAAACAAUUGUUGGAUCAUUUCUUUCUCGUUUCUCACCCAUAAAAAGCAUUUCGCUGCUUACAACUUUUUGUUUUUAACUUUGCAUGUACCAACCAUAAUAUUUAUCAUGUUUAUCCUCUGUGUGGGGAAAUUCUAGACUAUACUUGUAUGUUUUCAUAAAUUGGAAGAUAUCGUGAUUCUAUGCUGUGAAUCUAGACAUUAUUAUAACGUGUGAAUAUAUAAAUAUUAUUUUCAUGGAGAUGGUCUGAUCAUCACUCUUCGAUAUUUUUCGGAGUGUGAAACACUUAAAAAGAACUUAUUUUAUUUAGGAAAAUAUCACGAAAAAUGCAUAAAACAGCAUAUAGUCAAUGAAUCUCAAUUUUUAUUUUCAGCUUUCCACUUUCUACCUGUAAGAAAUCUCUUACUACUCUCUGAUGUUCGAGUCAAGUAAAACCACUUAACAACCCAACCACAACUUGAAACACAUAUUUUAUGGGAAACCAAAUGUUUCUCUCUUCAUACAUAACUCGAAUAAGAAAAAAAAAAUAUUGCAUUUCAGAAAAUGGCACAAAAAGCCUAUUUAAUGGAUCUCAAUUUUUAUUUUUGAGCUUCCCAAUUAUCAAGCAUUAACUUUAUCAUGUUUAUCCUGUUUGGGGAAACUUUUGUUCUUGUAUUUUAGACAUAAUGUUAUUAGAUAUAUUAUGAGAAAUCAAAUGAUUCUCUAUUCCUAUACAUGUAUAUCAGAUGAUUCUAAUAAUGACUAUGGUGGCAGUGAGGUUUUUAUCAUUGGUAUUAAAGAGUGUGUAUAACUGUUUAUGCGCGCAUUUUUAUGCACAAAUUGGAAUAUAUGUUAUUCUAUGUUAUAGAAUGGAUGGGAAAAUCCCUGCAAUCUGAUUGGUGGAGAGCAAUGCGAGAAUUUUUACUGGGCUGCAUGAGCGAUAUCCCGAUAAUCAAAACGAUGUCCACUGUAAACAGGCUAUCGUCCGAAAAGGUCAUUGUGGUCUAAGGCCGAGUGGUCUAAGGCGCCUGUGUAUGAUAUUUGACUACUAAUGGCCAUGGUGGCGGUGAGAUUUUUACCAUUAAUAUUAAAGAGCGUAUGCUAUACUGUUUAUGCGCGUAUACUUGUAUUUCUAUGCAUGAACUGGAACAUAUCGUUAAUGUAUGCUAUUAUUCUAUCUAGACAUGAUUAUAAUGUGUAAAUAAUUAAAUAUGUAUAUUACCUUCAUCUGAUACAGAAAUUUUCUGAUCUACACUCUUCGAUAUUUUUCGUAAUAGUUCAAUAUGGAACUGCAAUUAUAUGGAAUAACUCGAAUGCGAAACACUUCAGAAAAUGCACCCCCCAAAAAAUAAGAAUAAAUAAGAAUAAAAAAGGACAGAAAAGGCAGAGUCAAUGGAUUUCCCUUCUUUUCUUUUUUUUUAGCUUUCCAGUUAUCAAACAUCAUCCUUAUCAUGUUUAUCCUAUGUGAGGGAAUUUUUAGUUCUUGUAUUUUAGACACAAUGUUAUUAGAUAUAUCGCGAGAAAUCAAAUGAUUCUCUAUUCAUAUAUUUAACUAGUAAUGACUAUGGUGGCAGUGAGAAUUUUACCAUUGCUUUAUUAAAGAGUGUGUAUACUGUUUAUGUACGUAUACUUGUAUUUGUAAUACAUCGUGAUUCUAUGCUGUGAAUCUAGACAUGAUUAUAAUGUGUGAAUAUAUAUAUAAACACAACAAAAAAGUAAGUCCCCCUAAAUCAAAUUGCUGUAACUUUUGAACGGAAUUAUUUUGAGAUACGAUAUUUCGUAGGUGGUUUUCUACACUCAUUAAGCAACUCCUAGGAAAAAAUGAGAUUGAUCGGUUGAGCCAUGCAUGAUUAAUUAAAGAU